UCUGUAGAAAAAAUCAAGGAAUUUUCUCACGUAGAAAUUAUUUCAAUUAAGUGAAUUUUUUUUCAAAUUUGUUUUUAUGAUCUCACUUUCAAACGCUAAAAAUUUUGAACAAUAUCAUAGCACUAAACUGAAGUCUGUAUAAUCCUCUAUCAUUUGCACUAACAAUUCUUUUUGUUUAGUUCGUUUGCCAGCUGGGAGAUGCAAGAUAUCAAAGAAAAAAAUUGUGGCUUUGCAAAUUUUCUUUUCAGGCUACUUAGGAUAGCCUGAUUUUGAUGAGUCGAGAUUUUAUUUUACAAAAUGAACAGAGCAAAGUCCAACAUGAUUUCGACAAGCAAUUUUUUUUUGUCUGAUAUAUUUCUUAAACAUAGUAAAUUUUAUCAUUACUCAUUACUCGUAAGGUUUUCCCGAGCAAAGUUCAACACAUUUUAAUUAGUCGCGUUGUCUGAUAAAAUUACAAAAUGUUUAGAUACAAGCGGAAAAGUGAGUUAUUUAUACGUAUAAUACGUAGCAUAUGGCAUUUCCGAUUGUGUGUUUUCUGGUACUUCGCCAUUAAAGAGCCAAAUUUUGAUAAACAUGUUGUUCUAUGAACUCACUACAAAGUGUCCUACAUUGGACCUCUCAUCUAGAGAUAAGCAAUGUCGCAUCCAAGCGUCGCAAAAGCCGUCCUGUCCCAAUUUCUUUGAACCCAUUACUGCAUCCUAUUUCGCAACCUCCCAGCAAACAUUACCUUCCCAUUUUAUUAACAUUAGCAAUGAACCACUUAUCAGGUAACCAACAAGAUUACAACAGUGACGUAACAAAUUACGCCGACCCAGUUCCUUAUCAGCUUUCCUUAUUUACCAGCCCAGGUGGGAGCGGAAGAUAUUCGGAUGUUUGGUAUUUCCAUCCGGGGCAUUAUGCACGUUUCCAUCCGUCAAGAGAACCCUUAGGGCCACUAUGCCCCAGUGCGCGGUGAUGGGAUGCAACAGCUCCCAUCGCAAAACCAAGGGCGGCUCCAUACGCUACCACCGCUUCCCGGGGGAUGCAGUGACUCGCGCCCGCUGGGUGCAAGCAUGUGGAAAAUACGUGCAAAACUGCUCAACGGCGCGAAUCUGCUCCAGACAUUUCACUGACGAGAGCUACGAAAGAGACGUUCAGCACGAAUUGUUGGGCUUACCGACGCGCUGUCGCCUCAAAAAAGGGGCCACUCCUGAUCGCAACCUCCCCACAGACUUCCUCAAGGAGGACACACUUCCCGAGAGUGCUAUAGCCAUCCUGCUGGCUGUGGGGCUUGUGCCUGCAAAGGCGCCGAGGCAGACCACGGGGGGCUUACCCCAAGAUUUGACCAAAAUGCAGAUAAUGGAGGACGUCCGGGAAGGUGGUAGUGUCCAGCCUUCCUCACCGGGACAUGCGGAAGAGCGUGUCAAUGAAGAAAGUAACAAAACGACUCCCGAACCCGAAGAAAACGGCUUUGAAGAAGAAGGCGACAAUCACGUCGAAGCAUCACCAAAGAAAGAAACGGAAAGUGAAGAAGUGAAAGACGAAAAACGCACAACCGAAAUAGAAAUCGGCGAAAACCUCAAAUCGGAGACCAGCCUCAAUGAGGAGAGUUGUAGCAACACAAGUUCAGAGGAAGCGUCAAACAAACGAAAAGCUGAGAGUCAAGACUCCGCCAAUAAAAGACUGCGACUAGACAUACAAGAAAAUUUCAUCUCACGUGAUAAAAUCCUCAAUGAGUUCAUCGAAAUGUCCGAUAGUAACACCGUGGAGCAGCUUCAGAUGCAAACUGAACAGAUUUUGGCCGAAAUUCGAACGCUAAAUGACCUAGCCAAGGAAAAGGAACGCGAAUGGAACAACAUUAUCCACUUAAAGAAAAUGAAGGAAGAGCUCUUACUUCGCAUGCAACGCCGGAAACAAGUGAUGUUGCUCAAUAGUGACAGGAAUGAAAAUGGUGAUGUUUAUAGUGAAUCUCAAACAGACAGUGAGCGAUUAAAAAGUGCAAACCAAAGUAUCCUAAAAGCGAAUCUAACGAAUCCUAACAAGACGCUCCGAAUCCACAACUCCAACAAGCACCGAAAUAUAUUACCAAAGCCUCAAUAUUCACAAGAAAUAAACGGAUCGCUUGACUUUAGACAAAAUAAGCAACGACCUGUCCUCGACGUCCAAUCCAUCAUUGCCGAUUACCGACAACGACAUCCAGAGAUUGUGCCUCGGAGAGGUCGCAGAAUCCGUAAUUCCCACAAUGACAGUAAAAACAACAUUCUCAACUUUUCCAACUUGGCGCUWGGUUCUGGCGCUCAAGUCCACCAAAAUGUAGACUUACAGAGCGAAUUGGGAAUUCUUCUGAACGCCGUGGAUGGGAAUCGUGCUGACUCACGGCCAUCGAGUGCGGAGUCUUCCACUACACAUGAGCCUUCUUUUAAAGAUAUGUUGGUGCAGUUUGCCAAAUUGUCGCAAAGCGAAAGACAUGAAUUGAUCCAAAAUGCAAUCAAACCGCCCCCACCCUAUCCAGAAGUGACGGUUCAUCCGGUUCCCACAACCAACACUGUAGCUCCUACCAAUUCACUUCUUCAUGGCAUUCUCACAAAGAGUCCUUCAAAGACUAACACUAAAACAUCGUUUAGUCCGACUUUGGCUCGUUUGCUCACCGCUCCGGAACGAUCUAAUUCGCAUUCACCGACAGCAACUACCCUUCCUAAUAAUUUAAAUAAUGCAGCCAAUAUGUCUAUCUCGGAAAUACUUUCCACAAGCAAGGCUAGAAAUGAGAUAACCAUCACUCCUCUCGGUACCCAAUAUGAAUCACCACAGAAGGGUAAAUCACAGGAGGAGGAAGAGGCUGAAGACAGUGCUGAUCGGCUCGUGAUUGACGAAAGCAGUGAGGUGCUAGAUAGCAGAGGUAGAGGUGAUAACAGUUCUGAUGCCGGAGACGAAGUACCUCAAUGUCAGGGUUGUAAUCAAAAAUCGGCUCUCUUCGUUUGUGCAGGAUGUGGGAACCAGUGGUACUGCAGCAGAGACUGUCAGGUAUCUGCUUGGGACGAGCAUUCUGAAGUUUGCUCCGGUUAAAAAUCUGUACUUAUUUUUAUACUGCAUGAAGUUAUUUAUUCUUUAAGAAUUAAAAUUCACACCAAAUAAAUUUGGUACCUGUAUAGAAAAAUUGAUGCAAUGAAAUAGCAUUCCUUGGAGAAGAAAAAAUUCUUGCCUUGAAUUCGUAGUGCUGUAGCUAUUACGUCAUGCAUCAAUGUGGCUUAUUUUGUUUAGUAGAACCAAAGAUACCCAAAGCUUAAAUGAUCAUUUAAUGCAUUUUGCUACAAGUAGCGAGUCAGAUGGCAUUUAAAUCAUCCCAAUUUGAAAAAAGUGUUACUUUGUACAAGAGAAAAUGUACGUAUUUAUUACAAAAUGCCAAAACAUUUCAGUGAUUCAAAAACACAAUAAUUAUAGUAUGUACUACUUAGUCAAAAAUUUUAUUUAGAAAAAUCACAACCAAUUUUGUUACCUAUAAGUAGAUUAUAUUUAUGAAUUUGUACUAGUCAGUUAAAUUGUAGUUACCCAAAUCAGUUUGCAAUGUUCGUUUUAUGUGUUGUGUAAGUGCCAUUUAUGUAAGGGUUGUGUAAUUUUUUAUGUUUCUAUCAUUUAGAUUUAAGCAGGAUUCUGUAAGAUAAAUACUGUGAUAUCCAAGAAUGGAUCAACGAUACUUAAUUUAAAUUAAAGCCAGUAUCUUUCAUAAGCAAA